AUGAAAUGUGGUUAAAUGUAAAUUUAAAAAUAGAAGAAAUUGAAAGAAAUGAAUUAGAAUUAAAUGAAAAUGAAUAAGAAUCACUAGUUGAAGAAAAAGAAAAAAAUCUUAAUUAUAAUUAUAAUUGAAAAAAAGAACUAAUAAAUAGUUGAAUAAAUGGAAAGCUGUAAAGCAAUUUAUGAGGAAAUCAAAUAAAUAAUAGAAAAAGACUUUAAUAAAAACUUAUAGAGCUUUAAAAGUGGUGAAAACAGUUAUGUAAGAUAAAAAUAUUAAUUAAAAAAAAUUAAAAGAAUACUAAAGAGCAGGAUUAAAGACAUGGCUAACAAAACUAGGAUGGUAAAACCUUAUAGAUUGGGAAGUGGAUAAAGAAAACAAACUAUUACAGAUAGAUAGAUAGAUAGAUAGAUAGAUAGAUAGAUAUAGAUAGAAAAAAGAUUAGAAGGAUAAGAAAUAACACAAAUAAAACUUCAAAAAAGAUAUCAAAAUAUGGAAGGAGAAAUACAAGAAACCAACUAAGAAAGUUACUUAAAAAUGGAAGAAGAGGAGUCAAAAGUAGUUAAAAGAAAGAGAGGAAGAUAAAGAAAAAAUGUUAUUAAUUGA